CCUUGACAACAAAUCAUGGAGAAAAGAAAAAUUGUGGAAACAAUUGUAGAAUCUAGAUCUGUAUUAUAGCUUUUUAGUCACAUCUAAAGUAUCAAAAUAAAAACUUCAAAAGAUGUCAAAAUUGGAAACAACAUCCUUAGGUGGCAUGAAAUUGCCAGUUGUCACUGGAGGUCGUAGCUCUUUAGUAGCAUCUCCAAUUUUAUUAAAGAGUAAUAUUCUACAGCCCCGAGAGAUUGCUGCUAAUUGGGCAAAAGAGCUUAGAACAAGAAUCAGUGAAAAUGUAGAAUGUCAUGAGGAUGUUAAUGAGGAUGACAUAAUGAACUUGAAAAAAGAGUUGAUAGCUGUGUUCAUAUCGACCCUUCAAACAAACAGUCGUGAACAGUGGAGUGUUUUUGUUGAGAUUCUUGCCCUGUUAGAGCCCUACAGAGAGUAUUUUGAUUACUUUGAGACCAAAGCAGAGUUUCAUCAUUACUUAGAGCGAGUGCUCCACCAUGUUGAGCUUCAUAAAUCAAAGUUGUUUGACCUUCAGGUAGAAGCUUACCUGACCAGAGUUUUUCCAGAGCAUAUUAAGCAUCUGAGAGUGAAAGGAAUAACUCCUGCAAAAGGUUAUGGCACUGUACCUACUCCUGUUGUGACUAUGGGUCAGCCAAGUACCAACAGACAGUUGGAAACACCAUCACCAAUGAAAUCACACAAGUACCCAAGCAGUUUUCUACCUGAUGGAACUAACCCAUACUCUUUACUGAUUCCAAGUGAGGAAGAAAUUAUAGGAGCUAAGGGCUUGACAUUAAGGGAUAUUAACAAGUCAAUGGGAGCUGUAGCUUUAGAAAUGGCAGCUCGAGAAUCAGUGUGGAAACAGUCUCUUGGAACCACAGCUUUAGCACUAGCAGCAGAUAUUCCAGUGGAGGAAAAAAUUGAAAGCAGAAGUGACCAGGUUUCUGAAACCAUGAACAAAGUUUUACUUACACCCAGAAAAAAAACAACACCUCGGCCUGUUCCCAAUAUGCAAGAUGUUGUGCUAGAAAUGAAUGGAAGAGAGGCUGUGCAGUUCUUUGCUGCUAGCUAUCACAUGGGAAAAGUGAAAUCUAUCUAUUUAAAUUUAGCUCCAAACAGGCAUUACAGACCUUACGAUCUAAUUUCAGUGCCAAAAUCAAAGAUCAAUCCAGAACAUUAUGUGUUCACAACAUUUGGUGCAGUACACGUUUACCCAGACCAGCCAUCUGAAAGUUUAACUCUUGCAGAGUGGCAAAGAAACGCAGUUCUGUGGGGAGCCAUAUCGAAAAUUCCAUUUUUCAAGAAUUAUUUGAUUAACAAAAUGUUUUACAGAUGGAGAAAAAACUGUAAGCUGAUAGAUUUCCAAAGGAAACAAAACAUGAUAAGAACUAGUCUUCUCUCCGCAACACCUUCAUAUGGAGCUGCAUUGCUUCAGAUUAGCAAAUUGCUCAAAGAAUUGUUGACUGUUCCUUUCAUGCCUACAGAAACAGAUAAAACAUAUCAACUGACUGAGUUUGAAAACAACAUCAACUAUAAGAAUAUUCAAGCUGAGAAAUUUUUAAGCAAAUUUUUCAAAUAUUGCAAGCUAAUUAUUGACUUCACUUCUGAUGAAGCAUUCAAAAAAAUUCAGUAUUGUGAGGAACAGCUGAAAAAGAAAGCCUUGUUUUCAAAAGAUUCUCUGUCAAUGCAACGGUUGAAGAAAGAAGAUCGAGAAAAAAAUCUGGCUAAUGCCCAACAAGAAGCCAGUUUUCUUGGUAACUUUGUGAAGCUGGUGGACCAAUUAAUUGUGGAACACAUGUUUGAAAUUACAAAAACUCAGAGUAUCUCCUUUGUCAACAAUGUGCUAGUGAUGUCCCCUGAUGCUCAGAGAGAAGGGUUCUUUAAAGCAAAUUUGAUCUUUGGCAAAGAUGCUGAGCUUGUCCUUAGCCCUUCCAAGAAACGCUUCAAGAAAGCUUUGGACAGCACAUUUAAAAACAUAUCAACUGUGCUAAUGUCAAAAUCUAUUGACUUUGACAUCUGGAGCCAUGAAAAAGAUCCUUUAGAGGGUGAAUUAAGUUCAAGGUCAGAUGGCUUCAAGCAGUCAGAAAAACUGUCUACACCCACACAUACUGAUAGGCAGAGUGAAGCUGCUUCAUACAGAAGUGCUAGCAGACGCAGCUUGACUUCUGGCUCUAACAAAACUGCAGCGGAAAGUAGAAAUCCUGCUAGGCUCAGUCUUGGUAACAGCAGUACAAUGUCAUCAAGUGUAGAUCUUUCUUUUCCAAAUCUUUCACAGAAAGCUUUCCCAUCCAAAGAAGAGGAUGAACUGGGAGUUGCAACCCCUGACUUGAUCAUUAUGCACCCAGAGGAUAAUGAUAUCAAAGUCGAGGGUCAAGGAUUUCUUGGUCAAUAUGAACCGCUGACAAAAGCUAAUUUGGAAGAAAAACUACUCUUAGACCCAGAGUAUCAACAAGUUUUGAACAAACAAAGGGACCUAAUGCUGGUUGCUGUACAGGAUGUAGAUAGUUACUGUGAGAAGCACCAAUGGUUGAAUGAAAUACACAAGUUUUGUUCUGUGUGGAGUAAGAAAAGUCUGGAGGAGUUCAAGUCUGCUGCUGCUUUCAAUAUAGAGCAAAAAUUGACAGAACUACGACAGUGGUCUGAGAGAGUGAAGAGCUUUGAUGUUAGCUAUGUGACGGAGAAUGGCUUGUUCUAUAUUGACUGCUCAGCCAUCCAUGAAGGGCUACUGCCGAGGCUGAAUGAUAUUUACCAGGAAAUAGUUUCAUUUGUUGCUGAGGAGGUCAACUGUUUGGCUCAAAACUUGAUCCAGGAGAUGUCCCAAAUUUUAAAAAAUAUGUCAAAUAAAAAGUCAGAAGUACUACUGUUUGCUAAUCUUGCAAAGAACUUUCACAUUUACAAGAAGAACACGCUAGUCUACCAGCAAAGAGUUGAAUAUAUCAAAUCUCUCUAUGAAGUGAUUAGAAUGAGCUACAGGCAGCUGACUUCUGAAGAAGAAAAGACUGAAGAAAAGGUGUUCUCAUCUUGGGAAGCUUUUCAGAUGCAAAUGCAAGAAACUUCAGAGUUUGUCAACACACAAACUCCUUUGCAAUUGUCACAACUUGAAGCAGCAUUUCAGCGUCUUCAAAAAGAAGCUACUACCCAAUAUGAGCUUGCAACUACAGGCAAAUUUUUGGAUCCUCAUCAGAGUCCUGUGAUGAUUUUAGCUGAUAUGAAAAUGAUCCGGGAAAAGUUUUUUGCUUUGCAAUCUAAACUUCAUGAGGUGAGUCACUGUAGAGAGGCCAUCACUGGUGAGCCCUAUAAUCUCAGAUUUCUGCAAGACAUGAUCAGCAAGAUGGACCUCAGGCAAGAACUGUGGAAAUAUGUUGAAGUGACAACACAUACCAUUAAAGACUGGAAUCAAACUCUUUUUAAAAAGAUGAACUUCAAGAAAGCCUUAGAAAAAAUCUCCGUCUGGCAGUCAGCUGCCACAAGGCUGACUUCUCUGCUGCCUCGUGGAGACCAAGUUUUGGAAGCUUGGAUCAGACAAGUUGAAGAGUUCUCUAAACAUUUGCCAGUCCUGUGCCAAUUAUCCCAUGAUGCUUUACAGGAGAGACAUUGGCAGACUAUAUUCCUGGGGAUGAAUGUACCUUACAAUCCCAAUGCCCAGUUGACAGUAGCCGACCUGCUCUCUUUCAACCUUGCUGAUCAUGCUGACCUAAUCAAUAGGGUUUACCUGAGUGCCUUGACAGAGAACAAUGUCACCAGCAGACUUGAUACUAUCAUCUCCUUCUGGCAAGAAAGACAUUUCAAGUUGGCCAAGUAUUUACCAGACAGUUUGUAUAAUAAAGAACAACCAAAAAGAUCCACCUCAAGUAAUGCUAGAAUCAAGAAAUUGGAAAGAUAUCGUCAAGAGCGGGCUGCAGCCCAGGCAGGUUCCCAGAGAGGUUUAGACGUUUCUUCUGAUGACUUUUAUGUGCUGAUUGAAGUGGAGGAGCUAAAAUCUCACUUGGAGGAUAGUCGCAUUACAUUAGAUUCUAUGCUGGCCUCUCCACAUGUGAAUGAUGUCAAGUCUCAAGUUGAAUUCUGGUGUCAAGCUCUCAGAGAGAUUGAGGAAAUAACAGACUUAUGGUUUGAUUGUCAGAAAAAGUGGCAAUAUCUUGUGAAGAUUUUUGAGCAGCCAAUCCUGUACCAAACAUUGUCUGAGCACGCUUUCAAGUUUGAAUCAGUUCAUAAUAAAUUUAAGGAUUGGAUGCGUGUAUCAUCCAGUGAUUCUAAAUGCAUGUCUGUGAUCAACAGGCGUAGAGGAGAGAAAGGCUACAGGCUACUUCAGGGGGAUAAUCUUAGAGUACUUCUGCAGUCACUGAUAAAAGAUCAGGAAGAAAUUCUGAAAGAUCUUGGUGGCUACAUUGAAAAGUGCCGAGCUACAUUUCAUCGUUUGUAUUUUCUUAGCAAUGAUGAAAUUUUUGAAAUGCUAGCCGUGUCUAGAAACCCACCAGCUCUUCUGCCUUUUGUUCGGCUAUGUUUCCCUCAUGUAGAAAAUCUGACCUUUAGCUUACCUACUGCAAUGGGGGGAUUGAAUUCUCAACUAGACAUUUCUUUAAAUAGUGACAAGCUUGAAGUAGCCUGCAUCACUGGCUCACUUGGGGAGGAGCUGCCAUUGUACACCAAAGUUGAACCUGGAGCCUCAGCCCCCAAGUGGUUGCAUAACAUUAAUCAAGUACUGAAGAACACACUGACCAUUGCUUUAAAAGCUUGCGUCCAGGCCAGACUAGAAGAAGGCACCAAGCAUCCGGUUCUGGUAUUAGAGGAAUUGGCUAAACUGUCUCACAGUCACCCCAAACCUGCCCAGGAAGAGAUUACUCAUGAAAUCAAGUCCAUCUUUCGCCAGUGGCUUCUCAGGUUCCCAGCACAGUCAGUGUUAACAGCGGAAGCCAUCUUGUGGGAGCGCAGCAUGAGCAGAAGUUUAGAUAAGAAAGAUAAGGAAGAACUGAAAAAUCAAAAAUUACUAUUACAUGCUAAGCUUGACCAACUUACUAGAGUUCUUGUCGAGUUCCAGUCAGUAACAGAAAUGACAGAAACUGAUCAACAGAGACUGAAUCUGCUCAUCUCUGCCCUGCUGACCCAGAGUAUCUACUACAGGGAUAUUAUGAGCAACUUGAUUGAAACAAAUCAAGUUACAGAUUCAGCCUUUGAUUGGCUGAAAAUUCUGAAACUGCGCAUGGACAUCAGAAAUGUCUUGAGAGCCAAAACAGUAGUCACAGAAAAACCACCAGAAGACAGUAUCAGGUCUAGAACUGUGAGAAAAAAUCCUACAACCAAGCGCAAAAGAGAGCUCCGUGUACAAGAAGCUCCAAAGCUGGCCCGUACUCAGACCACAGUAACCAAUGACUAUCAGUUCAGCACAUGCUAUGCCCAGCAGCUCAACCAGGUGUUUACUUAUGACUAUGAGUAUCUGGGGCCCUACAACCAACUGGUCAUAACACCUCUAACUGAAAGAGUAUUUCUGUCUAUGGGCCAGGCUCUGAAAAGCUUUCACUGCAGUGCUCUGAUUGGUCCAAAUGGAACAGGCAAAACAGAAACCAUACACGAGCUUGGCAAGUUGCUAGGGAGAUGUCUGUUUACUAUCACCUGUCACAAUACAGUCACACUUCCAGUAAUGUUGCAAUACUUGACUGGUCUAGUUCAGUCUGGAUGCUGGGCUGUAUUUGAUGAUUGUGACAGACUUACCAAAGGCUUGAUGUCUGUCGUUGGUCAGCAGUUAGACUAUCUGAGAACUGCCUUGAGAGCACUAGCCAUGACCAGUGAGAACCAGUAUCAAAUAAGAGGCAACUCCCACUUUGACAAAAAAUCUGGCAUUGGUGAUAAAGUUAUUCGACGUAACUCACUGACAACUCUUCACCCAUUGCCUAAACCUGAGACAGAAUUUGUGCCGAUUCUUGAGAGACAGAAGACUGUUCCGCAUGGGUUCAAUGAAAAAGGUCUGGUGACCUAUUUCGAGGAUACCUGGGUGGCUGAAAGAGAUCAACGAAGACAUUCCAUUGAGCGGGAGAUCAAAAUUCAAGAGUCUGAAUUGUAUAAAAGUAACAAGCCUCCACCCUUGUUCUAUGAGCAUGUGAAAGCCAGCAGAAGGCGUUCCCAGCCAGAUUACUCCAAGCUGACUUCUGAGCCUAGCUAUGUGCACAGAAUGCUGGGUAAUGUGAUGUUCAAUGGUAAACUGCUGCAGGCCAGCUGCAACUUUGGUUGUUUCAUGACAAUGAACGCUACCAGUGCAGCAUCCUCUGAGAUUCCCUACAGUUUUAGGAUACUGAUGCGACCCUGUGCUAUUAUAGUCCCUGAUGUGGAGUACAUUGUUUCUGUACACUUGGAAAGUAAUGGUUAUGAAAAGCAUUCCCUCUGGGCUAAAAAAUUUGUUCUUCUAUUCAAACAAUUGGAAUCUCAGAUUUGGAGACAAAAGAAACACUUAACUGGCUUGCAUCAAAUGAAACAAGUUUUAAAGUUGGCAGUUGGCUCAAAAUUAAAAUCACUGAGUACAGAGAAAUUAGAUGGUGAGGAAGGUAACAAAGAAGAGCUCAGCAUUGUCUUUGCAGUCAAAGAGUUGAUGUCUACAGCAGCUGAGAGUGAGUCAGAGAGAGCUAUUUUCAACAACAUACUGAGACAGAUCUUCCCUCAGGCAACUGGGCAGCAGACAAGCAGCACAGGACAAGAACAGCAACUCAUCACAGCUGUUGCAGAAAUCUUCGAUGAGGAUGGCAUGGAGCGCAAUGAACUAAUGCUAAGCAAAAUAAUGGAGCUGUACAAGUCACUUGAUAGUACUUCUUCUGUCAUCCUUGCUGGUCAACCUGGGAGUGGUAAAACUAAAUUGUGCCACACAUUAGCCAAGGCCAUCAAUCUUUUGAAUUACAAAAUGGUUUCCAAUGAUGCCACUAAAGAAGAAAACAGAUCACAGAGUCAAGUGUCAAACCACCAUUCUCAGAACAUACAGUCAGCAAUCAUUAAUAAAGAUGGACGAGACUUGUCUAGAUUUCCCAAAGUUGAUAUGGUUCAUAUUUUUCCAGGUUCAAUGACUCCUGAUCAGCUGUUAGGAAGUUUUGAAGAUGGUGUUUGGCAGUGUGGGCUCCUAAGUAAAAUAUUGAAAGACUCCUACACAAAAUGGUUGGCUACAAUGAGCUUUGUUCAGACUUUCAAAUCACAGGAUAAAAAGCUGGCCAAAUAUACAGCAGCCAUGCCAUCAAUUUUAAAAAGAUGGAUUGUGAUAGAUGGCAGCCUUCACCCACUCUGGACAGAGGGAAUCAAGACACUACUGGAUUCAGAGAGACAUUUGUCACAAGGGAGUGGUGAAACAAUUCAACUCAAGGAUUUAACCAAAAUUAUCUUUGAGACUACUGAUCUAAAAACUGCAGCGCCAUCUAGUGUAGCUCACAGUGUAGUUAUUUACCUUAGCCCUGGCACCACUAACUGGUCAUCUCUUUAUUUCAACUGGAAACAAACAGCUAACAAUAGAUGGCUCCUUUCAGCCGAAGGGUUAAAGGUACUUGAUGAGAUCAUUUCUGAUCUAUUUCCUGCCACCAUAAAAUUUUUGUCCACCCAUUGCCAAUCUGCAUUGUUGACUGAUGUAGGUCAGGUCUGCACAGCUGCCAAUCAGGUCACUCCUGGAAUCUCAGAAGUCUCUGCAUUCCUAAAUAUCUUCUCGGCUUUGUUAGACAGAACUCUGAAAAGAGAAGAAAAAGACAGAAAACACUUAAUAGAUGAUAGAUCAUCAUUCAGUAGCACCAGCAAUGAAGAUGGUAAAACACCAACAAGACACAGUAGCAGCAGUCUAACAAACACAUCCCAGAUAGAGGCUGUCAUACCAAACUACCAAGAGCAUUUGAAGAAUAUUUUUGCUUUUGCCUAUAUUUGGGCAUUUGGAGGUCACUUGCAUGACCGCUAUAAAGAAACCUUCAGUAACUUUGCUCAUAAUGCCUUGUACCGUACUCCCCAUCCUAUUCAGCUACCAUCUGCUGGACAUGUUUUUGAUUAUUAUUUGGAUGAGAAAACCUCAGAAUUUGCAAACUGGAGUUGCAGGCAACAGCAAGAUAGAAUAAAAAAUCUGGCAGGGUUUUAUGUCAUCCCUGAGGUUGAUCGUUAUUCUUACCUCACUGAAUUUUUGAUGUCUGCCAACAUACCUAUUUUAUUAGCUGGAGCACCUGGAGUUGGCAAAACUUCUUUUGUACAAAGCAUGAUCCUGUCCAAGUUGCCUUCCACAGAGGUCAUAAUGUCCAAUGGUCUAACUUCUUCAAUUCUCCAAGACCUUAUCUUGGCUCAUGUUUCAGCUAUUCAAAAUAAAAACAACCCUAGACCUGGUGGUCCAAGUAGUUCUUUGCUGGACCAGUCAAAACAUUUGUUUUUCAUUGAUGACCUAAAUAUGGCACCGAUGAUUGGUGAUUACCAGCCCCCUCUUGAACUAAUGAGAUGUUUGUUGUCAACUGGAGGGAUGCAUGACAGAAACAGAAAAGAGUUUUUGAAGACCAAAGAAGCAUCUUUCAUUGCUGCAACUACUAUACCCAGUUGCCCAGGUUCUGGUCUUGGCAAAGCAUGUCAUUUGAUUUCAACACGUCUGACAAGGCAGUUUGUCAAUCUGACUGUCUUUAGUCCUUCAGAAGACUCACUAGUGACUUUGUUUUCAAAGCCUUUGCAGACAUGGUUGGAAGAGUUUCCUACCUUUGCAGUGGAACAUACCUAUGAAUUUUCAAGGGCAAUGUCCAGUGCACUCCUUGAUCUGUACCAAACAGUCCGAGAUAGGCUCCUGCCCAGCCCAUCCAAACCUCAUUAUAUUUUUUCUUUGCAUGAUUUAAGUAAAGUUGUUCAAGGAAUUCUUCUUUUGUCACCUCGAAUUCACCUCAAGAAAGGAAAAACUGUUAAAAAAAAUACUGGUAAGAAGGUUGAUGAGUUCACGUCUGCUCCUAUGAUGAAAGUUAUAGCUCAGUUGUGGUGUCAUGAAGUUUCUCGAAAUUUCGGAGACAGACUAAUAAAUUUUGAUGACUUUGCCUGGUUCAGUCAGACUGUAGAGACUUUGGUAGUCAGACAUUUUUGUUCUCCAAACUUAAAGUACAAUCAAGAAAACAUCAUUGAAGAAAAAGCAGAAGAAUCGAGUUUCAAUACAGAUGACACUACAAGCCAACAAAAUAUGACUGGAAAUACAAGAGAAGACAAUUCACAAAAUCAUGACACUAUGAGUGUAAACCAGGGGACAGCUUCUUCCAGCCAAAAAGUGAAAGAAGCUUUAGACGCAGCUUUCAAAAGCCAAUCUAGUACCAAAAAUAAACCAAGAAGACAACUUAGUUACGCUUCUGACCCUCAGCCUACUGCCUGUCCAUCCACACAAGUCAAUUAUAAAGAGAAAGAUUUAGAUUUAACAUUACAAACAGAAGAUGAAAACCUCAACCAGACUGAUGAAUCAGACUCAGACUCCAGUUGCGAGACAUCUGCUUCAGAUGACAUAGAAAUAUCAAGAACUUUAGAUGGUCGACGUCAGCAAACUGAAGAACAACACAAUAGAUCUCACAAAAUGUCUACAAAGAAUCAAGAAAUUCCUGAGGAGGAGAAAGGGUUGUAUAAAAGACAAGACUCUAACAAGAAAGUUGUCUCUUUCAAAGCUGGACUUCUUGCAGAUAAAAAACAUGUUUUACAUAGCGGACCUUUGCUCUCCAUAAAUGAGAUUAAAGGAACUCAGAGUGAUGUGACAAAUUUUAUAUUCAGCAAGUUUUAUUUAAGCUGUCAUGCAGAGCUUGUUGGCAUUCAGGCUGAAAAAGGUUACACACAACAAAGUGAAGAAAAGAUAACUGAGGCGCUGUACAGCUGUCUUGAAAAAUACAACAAAGGGACAUCACAAAGGCUUGACCUGGUAUUUUUCUCAGAAGCAGUCCAUCAUGCAGCCAGACUAAGCAGAGUACUUGCUCAACCUAAAGGACAUGCACUGCUUCUUGGAAUGAGUUAUUGCACUGGCAGAGCCACUCUGACCCGGUUAGCAGCCUACGUGGCCCACUGCAAACUGUUUGAAGCCAAAACCCAGUCCCAUUCUGGCCACAAUUUGCAAGUCCUCAGAAGAUACAUCAAGUUAAGCUGCUUCCAUGCUGGUGUAUCUGGCAAGCAAACUGUGCUACUGGUACAUGAAGACUUGGGAGAGGAAGGACUCUAUGACAUUGCCUCUAUUAUGGCUGAAGGUACUGCUCCAGGCUUAUACAGCGAAACAGAAAUACAAGACAUAGUGGGUCAGCUGUUGCCUGGUGGAGUGCAAACCAAGAAAGUAGAGAAGAUUGAACAAGUUUUUAAUAAAUACAUCAAACGAAUCAAGCAAAAUUUGCAUGUCAUUGUCUGCCUCAACAAUAAAGGUAACAACUUCUCUACUCAGGUGAAUGCACUUCACAACAAGCUUCAGAAACAUCCUGGGCUGUUAAAACACUGUGUCUGCAUAGACAUCUUCCUGCCUUGGAGUUUCAAGUCUCUGGCACAAGUGGCUAAAACGUGGCUUCAGGACAACAAAUCUGGGGUAGCUGUUCCAUGGAACCCACAGCACUCCAACGAACAGCUGGAGGCCACUGCCAAUGCUAUGGCCUUCAUUCACUUGUCUUCGAAGACAGCCAUCGAAAGACAAUUUUGUCACCAGAGGGAGCCUCUCAGGAUUUUUACUCCUCUGACAUUCUUGGAGUUUGUCCACUUGUUUAAAACAAUUGCAGCUUUUCUUGUCAAAACAGAAAGAGCAAAAGGAAAAAAAUAUGAACAAGCUUUAAAUAAAAUUAACGAGGCAUUUGGGAGCAUAGCAGAUUAUAGGAAUGAAGUGUCUGAUUUAGUGCCACAGCAGGUGUCAGCAGCAAGACAAGUGACAGAUUUGGUGGCUCAGGUGGAAAGUUCAAAGCAAAACUACAUCAAAGCAUUGGAGCAGUGUAAGAUACAGGAAGAAACCAUCUACCAGCUUCAGAAUCCAUUGGAGUCUCUUCGUCAGACUGCACAAACAGAGUUUGAUAAGGUCAACCCUAUCUAUCAAGCAGCAGUGAAAGUUCUAGACAACUUAGACUUAAAUUCUGUGGAAGAAUUACGAAGUUAUCCCUCUCCACCAGAUGGGGUUAAGUUUGUCAUGAAAGCUGUUUGCCUUCUGUUCAACAAACCUCAAACCUGGGAAGGUGCUAAGGCAUUAAUGGUGAAUCCAGAUUUCUUUCAAGAGCUUAUUUUCUACAAGAAGGAUGACAUCCCUGAACCCAUAUUUCAAGAGAUGAAAAAGUUUGUCAAUGACCCAUCUUUUGUGCCUGAGUCUAUCGCUCAGGCCAGUUCUGCAGCCUCAUCUAUUUGUGCCUGGAUACAUGCUGUCUAUGCUUACAGUACCAUUCAGAGAAAGAUGAAGCCUCGCAUGAAGGAUUUGAUGGAAGCAGAAAAUAAGUUCACGCAGGCUCAAGCUCAGCUAGGACAGUUUCGAGUCGAGGCUCAGCAGAUAAAGACCAACCUUGAGCAGUACAUUGACCAGCACAAGGAAGCCAUCAAAGUUGCCAAGGCUAUUGAAAAACAAAUACAGGCUGUUGAAAAGAAAAUUGCCCGUGCUAGCAACUUGAUGGACAACAUGUCCAUGCAGCACUUUUUGUGGCGCUCAGAGCUCAAGAAGACACGAAAGCAGAUUACUUGUGCCCCUGGAGAUGCCCUCCUGACCGCUGCUUGUGUGGCCUACCAUGGGCCACUAGAUGAUAAGUCUCGCCUGGAUCUUAUGCAGAACUGGCUGGAACUGAUCAAACAGAACACACUGGAUGCUCAAACGUACGAAGAAUGUGAGCCUUACUCUAUCACUGCUAAACUGGAGUUUUUGAAGGAUUCAAUCUCACAACAUGAAGGCCAUGUGGAUAGUGAUGAUCAGAGUGAAGCAGGAGGUGAUGCAAAUGACAACAAUUUCAGCUUGAUCAAGCAAACAUGCCCUCAGGUGAAGACAUUUAAAUAUAUAUCAGCUGUGUAUGACAGCAGUAAGUAUUACAGAUCUGAGCUGAAGAGACAAGGCACUAUGGAAAGUGUGGGGCCAGAGCAAGAAUUUAUUGAGGAUGAUGAUGACGAUGAUGAGAACGUUAUCCUGCCCACCCGCCCGAAUUUAACUCUACAAGACAUUUUAUCAGACUUUGAUGAGCUCAGUGAAUGGCGCAUGUUAAACCUGCCGACAGAUUUGCAUUCUGUCCAGAAUGCUCUCAUGAUGCGCGUCUGCUGCCAUAAUCGCAAACAUUGCUGGCCACUUCUCAUUGAUCCCGACAACCAGGCAGAAAUGUGGGUGAAGGCUCUUCAUAAAAGUCACAACAUCUUCACUCAGAAAGAUGUCACAGAUUUUGUCGUAGAUGAUGACAUACCAUAUGAUGAAUCCUUUUUCAAAAGUGAGGAGGCAGAAGACACAUCUCGACCUCCACCUAGCAGAGAAACAAUGUUGACCUAUAACCUCACGGAAUCCUCACAAUAUUCUUACUCAAGACCUAAUACAAGGGGCAGACAGUCUCAGCACACUGCUGACACCGAAGAGCUUCUACCAGUGACCUCUGUCACCAAUAGCUGGGAUAACUACAGCUUACAUCCAGACACUGAGAUAGACCUGCCGUCCUCAAACCUUUGGGUGCUGGAAGCAGAUGAUCCCAACAUCAACUCCAGAUUGAUCAAUGCCAUAGUUCAUGGUGUGACAGUACUGAUAACACACCUGGAGCGAAGGCCUUUGGAUCCUUUAUUCCGAGGACUCUUACUCAAACAGUUCUAUGUUGAUAAAGAUGGCAACAAAGUGGUUAGAGUUGGAGAUAUGGUCUUUAAUUACCAUCAAAACUUUUGCCUUUACCUGAGCACUAGUGUCCCUUUAUUUGUCAAAGGUGAUGGACUUUACAGUUUCCCAUUAAACAGAGUCUGUGUCAUCAACAUGGCUGUCAGUGAUGAAGCUAUUAUCAAUCGGCUGAUGUUUGAAACAAUGCAAGUGGAAAAGAAAGAGUUUGAAGGGCAAAGAAGGUCAAAUGAAAAUGACAUUAUUCUCCAUCGACAACGUUUAGCCAGAGAACAUGAAAUCAUCAGAGAGAAGACCUUGAACUUAACAGGCCCUUUGUUGGAUGAUAAGACAAUGUUAGACUCGCUGUUGGCAUGCCAGACGAAUGUAGAGCACAACCGCCAGAUCCUGCAGGAAACACGUUUCAUGGGAGAUCAUCUUGAGGAGAAGUUUGCCCACUACACUCCUUUUGUCAAACACUCGGCUAUGUUGUACAAUGUCAUGGGCAAGAUGUCUGUCCUGUACCCCUGCUACUAUUUGCCAUUUUACAAAUUUGUGGAAAUUUUUGCUGAUGUGAUCAGAAGUAGAGACAGAGGCAAAGGCAGUGUGGGGGCACCACAAAUGAGAGCCCAAGAAUUGUCAGAUGCAGUGACGCAUGGAGUAUUUAACUAUGCAAGACUGAUGAUGUUUCAACAACAUUACAUCUUGCUGGCUUUGAUUGUGUGCUUGGAACGAAUGCUCAGGCAACACAAGACUAAUAAUAAAGAGCUUAGUUUGUUUGUUAAUGGUUGCCAGAAGUUGGGUCUAAAUGAUGCCAGUUUGGCUGAGCAGAAACCAAACUGGAUGGAAACAAAUUCUUGGAUAGAUUGUAGUAUUCUUGAAUCAUUGCAUCAGCCAUUUCAUGGUCUCUGUCAAUCAUUGGUCAACAACGCCCAGCAGUGGAAGGAAUAUUUUCAACAUCAGAUUAGUCUUGUCAAUUCUGUGCCAGGCAAUACUCUUCAAGAGCUUUCACUCUUCCAGAAAUGUUUGCUGUGGAAAUUCAUUUGCCACAAAAAGUUUUCAGAGCUGGUUAAUGCCAUCAUUCUGUAUGAGCUGGGAAACACGAUAGAUUCUCCAGAUAAUUACGACAUACGAGAGGUCUACAGGUACACAGACAAGCACACACCCACAGUGUUUAUCUUGCCAGCCUCUGAGCAGAACAAGUUGAUGAAUGGCACUCAAGGAUUAGUUUUUGCAAAUCCAGUCCCAGAAAUCAAAAGGUUGGCUAGGGAGAUGGACAUGGAAGGAAAAGUGUGCGUUUUAAGUUUUGGUGUCGGCUCACAGAUGGCAGAUGUCAACCAGGCAAUAGAAGACUGCAUGCAGGCUGGCCAUUGGUUACUUCUGCAAAACUAUCAUUUGGCAGAGGAGCCCAACACAAGUUUUUUUGAUUUGCUUAAGCACAUUAUUUAUUCUCGGUGGUCUGAUGAUGGCAACAACCAAGAGCAAACAGAGGAUACUGGACGAAGUCUUGUCACCAGGUCAUGCUACUCUAGUCAUUCUAGGCCUGCUGCUAAACUGAGCAACUCUUUCAGAUUGUGGAUAACUACAAAAGCAGAUGGGAACAGAAUCAUGCCAGGUUUAUUGGUACAACAUGGGCUAAGAGUUACAUGUGAGCUAACUGUUAACUUCCCAAGUCUGCUUGGCAAAGCUUACAAGUCAUCAGCUUUCUUAAUGAGUGCCAAGGCUGCUAGCGGAGAACAGCUUAUUCAGAGGUUCAACAGAGUUAUUCCACUUGCCCUCAUUCAUGCCAUACUUGUGCAGCAAAGCUAUUAUGGGCGCCAUGGGUUUGUCAACAAUCACCUUUGGACAAUAGCAGAUGUGGCUUCAGCUGUGGAAAUUUUUCAGAGUUUGUCUGUUUGGACCAAUGAUAUUGAAGCUGUACCUAAGUUGAUCACCAAUAUUUAUUCAGAUCAUUGUCUGGAUUUAAGGGAUACACAGAUUGUUGAGAGUGUGGUUAAAAAUCUCUUAGGUGUUAAGCAUUCAGCCGAUGGCAACCAAGGAGCAGCCAUGUUGCUGAAUAAAUUAUCCAAUAAUAUCAAAGAGACUAAUGAUCUCCAAAAGACUCUUGACUCCAUUGAUAACAAUUCAGCUCAGACCUACUGCCUUCCAGAGGAGAAUGAAGAGAUGCACAUUGCUUUGAAGAGCAAGAUAGUUUUUAAAGAAAUGGUUCAAGUCACAGGAGCACCUGAACUUCUUUUGUCUUAUGCAACCAGUGCAAACUUAUUAAAUGGUGUGUCCAAAGAUGUAUUAGACUCAUUGCAAGCUCACCUGGAGGCUUGCCCUAUGCUGCCAGAUAUCUCUGUUGACCAGAUUAUGCCUAUGGAUGAAUUCUUUGCCCAGGAAAUAAAGAUGUAUAAAAAUUUGAUCAAUACAAUUAAGAAUGAUAUGCAAACACUUGCUAAAGCUGUUAUUGGCAAGAUCACGCCCACUCCAGAUAUGGUGAACAUCCUGGAUGCCAUCUCUACUGACCAGGUUCCAGCAGCUUGGUUGAAAAAUACAUUUGUCACUUGUAAGAGCCUAGAUGCCUGGCUGGCAAUGUUACCUGCCAAGUCCAUGUAUGUCCUGCAGUGCUACAACCGAUGCCCUGAUGUGUUAUCUCUGAACAUGUUGAUGAGGCCUGACAGAGUUUUUCAUGUUGUGACCCAAAGUUAUGCCAGUAAACAUUUCAAAGACUUAACAGAUGUCAGCUUAGAGUUACAGGUGAUGCCUUAUGAUUUUAAAACUGAAGCAAAGCCAAGCGUAGGAUUAUAUGUAAAUGGUCUUGUAUUGAAGAAUGCGUUCUGGGACAAGCGCACAUGUGUCUUGUCCGAGGCAACAAGUUGUGAAGGCGGUGUCCAGCAAUUCCCUGUGGUCUGGCUGAAACCUAUUUCUACAGUCAGUAGAGAGACUGCAACAAACAAGGACUUCUACAUGUGUCCUAUUUAUAGCUCAAGUGACCCAGAACACAUAAAGGAUUCCCUACUGCUGUUCUGUAUCCCACUACCAACAAAAACCUCACCACUUCUGUGUGCCCAGAGAAGAGUAUCUCUGGCUUUAGUACAGCAUGUGUUAUAAAAUACACAAAAUCCUGUAGCUUUAGAUGUGUAGUUGUAUUUAUCUGAUCAGUAUACAGUAACAUGUUUUACUGGUUCUAUGAUAUAACAAGUCAAAUAUACAAAAUACUUUUUUUUUAAACAAAGCUUAUGUUAAGUGUAAACUGAAUUUUGAAUCAAUCAUGUAAUCAAUUUGUGCUAAUAAUAAAUCAGUGCGACUGGAAAUAUUUUUACCAAUUGUUUAAACACGAUUUCAUGCUUUCAGCAUGCGCAAUGGGCUUUGGCCCCAUCACUUGUGUGGGCCAGUUGGGUGUAUCUGGAAUCAGGUUUCCAUGAUGGCUUUUUAAAAGCAAUUUUUUUUUUAAGUUAACUUUAAUUGGAAAUUGAGGGCUCAAGCCUACACACUAGCCACUGAGCCUGCCAAGUGCUUGUUAAAAAGAGGUUUUCUAGUUAUCUAUUGAUUAUUAA